AUGGCAGAUAGUGGGAAUAUCGGCUCGGUGCGAACACUGAAGCGCAAGAAUGUCAAAGGUCUUGCCCUAGCUGCGCCCGCCCCGCGAGCAGUUCAACCCUCCGAAAGCGACCUGCAGAUUCCCGGCGGUAACGGCCUCGAAAAUACUCGGCAGACUGCCCAGCUGGAGAUUGGAAUAGAGUACAAACUAGACUUGAAGAGAGAGGAUCUUGAAGUGCUGAAAGACCUCGGUCAUGGAAAUGGAGGAACCGUCAGCAAAGUUCGACACCUGGCAACCAACACCAUUAUGGCAAGAAAGGUCAUCCAUGUCGAAGCCAAAACAGAAAUGCGUCGUCGAAUUGUCCGGGAGCUCCAAAUUAUGCACGAUACUAAUUCAGACUACAUCGUGAAUUUUUAUGGCGCAUUUCUGAGUGAAAAUAGCGAUGUUAUUAUGUGCAUGGAAUACAUGGAUGUUGGUUCCUUGGAUAGUAUCUCGAAGCACUUUGGGCCGGUACGAGUCGAUGUCCUAGGGAAAAUUUCCGAGGCCACGCUUGCUGGCCUCACCUAUCUUUACACCAAGCAUCAUAUCAUGCAUCGAGACAUAAAGCCUUCGAAUAUCCUGGUAAACUCAAAAGGACAAAUAAAACUCUGUGAUUUCGGAGUCUCAGGGGAGCUAGUGAACUCGGUCGCAGACACUUUCGUGGGAACAUCGACAUAUAUGGCUCCCGAGAGAAUCCAAGGCCAGAAAUAUACAGUCAAAUCUGAUGUCUGGAGUUUUGGUCUCUCCAUCAUGGAAUUGGCCAUUGGCAAAUUCCCAUUCGAUGCGAGCGAGCACCUGUCUGAUGGGGAUGGUGCACCAUCAGGUAUCCUUGAUCUUUUGCAGCAGAUUGUCUAUGAGCCGGCGCCCAGACUUCCUAAGAGUGAUGCUUUCCCUUCAAUCCUUGAAGAUAUGAUUCAGAAAUGCAUGGCAAAAACGCCGGAAGAACGACCAACUCCAGCAGAACUCUACGAGCGAGAACCUUUUGUGCAGGCUGCAAAACGAACACCUGUAGACCUCAGGGAGUGGGCAGUGAGUCUCAUGGAAAGAGAUAACCGCAAAUCUCAUCUGGCCCCCCAACUCUCACCCUCUACCCAGCAACUCCUACGAUCCAGCGACUCCCCGACAGGCGCACCAGAUUCAUCAAAAUCAGCUGAAUAUUCACUCCCAACACCCACAUCGGGCGAUAUCCCAAUUGGUGGUGCGGAUGUCCGCUCUGCAAUAACGUCGCCCCAAUACGCUGAUCACGGCCGCUCUCCCACCAAGAAUGGAUCCAUGAGUCUCGGUCGUGCAUCAGGAGCAUCUGCACAUCCUGGCCACCCCCCUAGAGUUUCUACCACAAAUUCCGUGCCAAGAGUCACGACUCUUAACGGUCCUGACCAUAACACCGUCACGGGGCCGUCGAGUGCCAAUGCUGCGACAUUCAACACAACUACCCUCCCAAUGCGGCCUGCGCCACCCGCCGGACCCUUACCGCCACCACCCGUGCCGAAGAAGGAAAAUAGCGAUAUCGACGUUCGGAAGGAAAGCAGGCGACAAGCCACCUUCGGCAAUGGCUUGUAUGGGUCAGGAUACCCAAGCAAUGGGACAGGUGGUUACUAA